UACACAGUAAAAUUUUGAGGCAUUCGACACAAAGACAAACAGAACGAUUGUAUUUAAGGAAUGUUUGAGCCUCGAAGGGGACUCAAAAAGACUCAGUCCUUUUUGAAUCCACUGUUGCUUUUCAACGACUUUUUACAAAUGCUAUGAUUAAAGUUCAACGUUCAAUUACUUUGCUGAGCGUUUACCAUCGGAAACAUUCUUAUAAAUACGAUCUUGUCUAUCUAUCAACAUGGGUUUAUGCCUCUGUAAACCAGCAUUAACAUUAACAGAAAAGGAAGAAAUUUAUAUCAUUGAGGCUGAACUAGAAGUGAGGAAUAAAGGACUUAAUGGUAUAAAUGAAUUCUACAAUAAUCAAAUCGAGAAGUGGCACCGUGAGCUUACCCCAUUACAUUUUGGUUUACUUGGAUUGAGCAGAUCGGAAAAAUCAUCUUUCAUGAACGCUCUCCCUGGAUUUGAAGAUCGCCACGACAACUCGACAGAUGCAUUCCCUACAGAAAGAAUAAGACUUAUAAAUGACAAAAAGAAAAAGAAGAAUCCUGCAAUUUAUCGUUAUUCUGAGAACAAAAACAUCAUCUUCUGGGAUUUACCUGACAUCAAAACAUUAACUUGUUUACCAUCAAGAUGUUGUUUUCCAUCUAAUGCGCCUUGCUCAAAGUCGCCUUGUGCUGAGAAUUUUGACGCAUUUGUCAUUUUUGUCAAAUCAAGAAUAUCUGAUAUAGAGAAAAAAAUAGCCGAAAAUAUUUCAAAAAAUCUCCGAAAACCUUUUAUUUUCGUUUGCACCCUUGCUGAAGACGACAAAAAAAAUGUCAAGAAAGAUAAGGAAGCUAUGCUAAAAAACAUCAAAACAAUAUGCUUUGACUUUGUUAAAGAUUUGGCUAUUGAUGAAUCUGAUAUUUACGUAAUUGACAACAAAUUCGUGAAUAAAAAUCAGUUUGAAGAUAUCAUCUUGAAGCUAAUGAAACGUCGAAAAAAUUUGUUUGUGAAUUAUUUGAAUUAUGCCAUUUUCGUAAAUACUAAGGAUACCAAAAAUAUCUUUCAACAAGCUCAGAAACACGGUGUUGAUAAUAUUCUGGACUUUUACAGCAGUGAUUCCAUUCCUUUGUGGACUGACACAGAGAUUAAUUUUGCCAUAGCAGGAGACUCUGGAACAGGGAAAUCAUCUUUCAUCAACGCUGUGAGAGGCAUUAAAGCUUACGAAAAAGGGGCUGCACCCGUUGGUGUUACAGAAAUGACAAAUAAGCCCACUAAGUAUUUACACCCACAGCAUAAAAACAUCAUUUUCUGGGAUCUUCCUGGUAUUGGAACGCCUGGAUACUCCAAUCUCAAAGAAUACACUAAAAAAGUUGGUGGUCUAAAGAAGUACGAUGCAUUUCUUAUUUUUUAUAAAAUACGAUUCACUCACUAUGACAUAAAGCUGGCAGAGAAAGUUUCAAAAGAUCUCGACAAACCUUUCUUUUUUGUUCGCACCAACGUUGACACCGAACUCGAGAAUGCGAAGGAUGACGAAGGAUCUAAGUUUGAUGAAGCAUCUGUCUUGAAACGUAUGAGGACAAACUGUUUGGAAAACCUGAUAUGUCUGAUUCACGAUGAAAGAGAUAUCUUCUUGAUUGACAACAAGGCUACAGAGAAAUAUGAUUUUGAUCGUUUGGUUCAAGCUGUUCGUGAAGCAAUGUCAGGCAAAAAAAGAGAGAGCUUCGAUGUUUCUUUAUCCAAAUUAACUCAUGCUACUAUAAAAAUGAAAGGCGUUUUUUGGAGAGCUCAUAUACAAUUGAUGAUUGUUUUGUUCGUAAUUGCUGAAUCUAAUCCUGAAGUUUUUGUGGAACUGAUAUCGAUGGAAGUCAUUCGAUAUCAUCGCGUAUUUGGUUUGUAUGAUCAAUUGAAAAAAAAUCUGGUGACAUCGGAAGAAAUCGAUGAAUUGUGUCACAAAGAAGAAGAGCAUGAGAAAAAAAUACGAAGAAAAAUCGAUGAAACGAUUCAGAAAAAGAAAUCUGAAGAAAUCAAAGAAGAGCUUAUGAAAGAUAAGUCAGUAGUAGAAUCACCAGCCAAAGUCAAAUGGGCGUAUGAUUAUCUUUUGAAUUGCAUCAAAAGUUUAGAAAUGGAAGCUUUGAAGCCUUACGAUGCGGCAAACAAAGAGGGAGAAAAUUCACAAACAUGAAAAAAAACUUAACAGUCAAAAUUAUAUAAACAUCACAAAAUAUUUUUUAAUCGAAAGCACUUUAUGCGUAGUAAAUAACACAUAUUAUUCUGAAGUUCAUGCACCUAAUAUCACGUUUCACAAGACUCGCGCGUGUGAUUUCUCUAUUUUAACUAAACAUGCAACUUGGCAAACACUCUUUUAAUUUCUUGAGAAUCAGCAAAAUGAUUUCUUUUAAAUAUAAAUUUAAACCAAAAAACUUUUUUUAAAUUCUGCAUUUGUCUUUCAUGGAUAGAAUCCAACCUUGUAAGUUGUUGGUUUUUUAAUAAAUAAUAAAACUCACUGGAA